AUGUGUAUAUAAGCAGUGUACAACUGUAUGUGUGUGUCACCUGUAAAAGCCUUUUGUGAAAAAACCUGGAUUGGAACAUAGAUGUGAUGCUUUUAAUCAUAAUUUGAAUGGCAUGGAUGCACAAUCCUAGGAUUGCAUGGUGUAAGCCCGCAGCGAGAGAGUGGUGGAUCCAAUUUAUUUUACAGCAGUUUGCAGCGGAGAAGAGAACACAUUAUCCUUCAGUAGAAAGAGAUAACAUCUUUACCUGCAUAAGAGGAUUGUUAGCAUAAGAUAAACUGACAGCAGUCUGUAACAUAAUGGUUAGGAAAGUAGCAGUAAUUGGAUCGGGGGUUAGCGGUUUGGCUGCUAUAAAAGCAUGCUUGGAAGAAGGAUUGGAACCCACUUGUUUUGAAAAAAGUUGUGAUAUUGGAGGUCUUUGGAGGUUUACAGAUGAAGUGGAGGAUAAGAGGGCCAGCAUCUAUAGCUCUUUGGUUACCAAUGUUUCCAAAGAAACCAUGUGUUUCAGUGACUUUCCAAUGCCGGCAGAUUUUCCUAAUUUUCUACCUAAUCGGAAAUACUUUGAAUACAUCAAGUUAUAUGCUGAAAAUUUUCAUUUGACAAAAUACAUUCAAUUUAAGACAAAGGUGUGCCGAGUUGAGAAACAUCCUGACUUUCCUGUAAAUGGUCAGUGGAAUAUUACUACAGAAAGUGAUGGUGAAAAAAAGACUGCUAUCUUUGAUGCAGUUUUAGUCUGCACUGGUCAACAUGUAGAUGCACAGAUACCAUUAGACAAUUUCCCAGGUAUUCAAAAUUUCAAGGGAAAAGUCUUACAUUCCAGAGAUUACAAAAGGCCAGUUGGAUUUGAUGGUAAAAGAGUGUUAAUUGUUGGAAUGGGUAACACUGGAGUCGACAUCUCAACUGAACUAUGCACGCUUGCCUCACAGGUAUACCUUACAACUAGAGAAGGAGUAUGGGUGAUACCUCGUCUUGGGAAGCAUGGCUACCCUUAUGAUGUGUUUCUGCUACGUCGAAUUAACAGUUGGAUAGAAAACUUAGUACCACGAUCAGUUUCCAGAUGGAUGUUGAAACUAUACUUGAACAAUCGAUUUAACCAUGAACUGUACAAUAUACAACCUGAGGGAAUCAUUUGGAAGGAGCCUUUGGUAAAUGAUGAGAUUGCAAGCCGUGUUCUGUCAGGCUCAAUUAUUAUCAAGCCAGGAGUGGUAAAAUUUACUGAAACAGAUGCACAUUUUUCAGAUGGGUCUAUAGUGCAUGACCUUGAUGUUGUCAUUCUGUGCACUGGAUUUGGCUACAGUUUCCCUUUUUUGGAUGAGUCUGUUUCUAAGAAAGAUGAAAAUAAAGGAAAUUUAUAUAAAAAGAUAAUUCCUGUGGGUAUUGAAAAACCAACAAUUGCAUUUAUUGCAUUUCUCCUACCAAUUGGACCAACCAUGGUAGCUGCAGAGCUUCAGUCCCGAUGGGCCACCAGAGUAUUUAAAGGCUUACAUAAACUUCCAGAUGUAAAUGGGAUGAAGGAAGACAUGCUGAAGGAUGAAAAACUACGAAAGAAAUGGUUUGCAACAUCUAAAAAUAAUUUUCGAAGAACAGAUUAUAUGACGUACAUUGAAGAUAUUGCUUCAGAUAUUGGUGUAAAGCCAGAUAUAUUGAAGCUGUUCCUAACAGAUCCAGUUUUGGCUGUUAAGCUUGUCUUUGGCGCUCUCAAUUCUUAUCAUUUUCGUCUAAGUGGCCCAGCGAAGUGGGAUGGAGCUCGAGAAGCCAUUCUUACCCAGUGGGACCGAAUUGAAAAGCCACUAAGAACACGAGUGCCAAAGAGGAAUUCCAAAUCACCCCUGACUUCAUUUAUGCUAUUGUUUUUCUGCUUUGUGACUCUGUUUGCAGCUGUUUGGCUAAAACACUGAAAUGCAGUGUCCUCAGGAAGCAUGUGCACUCAUGGUUUUAGCUCAAUUUUAAUUUAAGGAAACACAUAUUGAUUAGGUACACUGAUUCUGGCAAAAACUUAAAGUGGUUGUGACCCUAAAAAAUAUUAUCUUGUCCCUUUAAAGAAUGAGAUAUAGCAUAGUGCUUUUGCCAUGUCAGUUGCCCCUUUCUAUGUUGUACAAUACCUGGUUGAUCCUGCCUGUUCUUGUUUACCCCUGUUUAAACUGACCACGUUCAUCAUGGCUGCUGUCCAUGAUAGCGUGGUCCGAUUACGUGCCUCUGUCAUCUUUCUCUUUCCUUUGUGUCUCUGCAUCUCCCCCUCCCUCUGUCCCUAUAAUUUCCAUAGUCUGUUUAGCAGAUCUUCUCCCCGCCCCUCUCCCCCUACCUUCAUUAAAUAAUACUAUUUCCUGGCAGAGUGAGAGAGGAAUAACUGCCCAUACCACUGAAAUCCCUCUGCUCUGGAGUGAGCAGACUGAACCAUGUGACUGCACAGAAGAGCUCCUAUCUAAUGGUAC